UCAACAGGAAGGAGGGAGAGAGAGAGAUGUCGCAUAACAACUCUUCUGCAAGCGAUCCACGGCAACCUUCGACGGCGAAGCCUUAUGUACCGCCAACAGUGGCUCCACAAGACCUGCCCAUCAAUUAUGCUGGCUUCAUUGCGAUGAUCUUCGGUGUAGCCGGCGUCUUGUUCAGGUACAAGCUCUGCUCGUGGCUCGCUAUAAUAUUUUGUGCCCAAUCACUUGCCAACAUGCAGAAUUUCGAAAAUGAUCUCAAACAAGUUUCCAUGGCCAUGAUGUAAGUAAAGUUCUUCUCUGCACCAUGGCUGUCUCUGAAUUGCUG